AUCUAAACAAGGCAUCAUGCCUGCUGUAAAGGGAGAUAAUAUGCGAGGACUGUUGGUCUUCAUCUCCGACAUCCGUAACUGCAAAAGUAAAGAGGCUGAAAUCAAAAGAAUAAACAAGGAGUUGGCCAACAUCAGGUCAAAGUUCAAAGGUGACAAGACUCUAGAUGGCUACCACAAGAAGAAGUAUGUGUGUAAACUUCUGUUUAUUUUCCUCCUUGGUCACGACAUAGACUUUGGAUACAUGGAGGCUGUCAAUCUACUGAGCUCCAACAGAUACACAGAAAAACAGAUAGGAUACCUGUUUAUUUCUGUGAUGAUUAGUGCCAAUAAUGAUCUGAUAAAGCUGGUCAUUAAGUCCAUUAAGAAUGACCUGGCCAGUCCAAACCCUGUCCAUGUUAACCUGGCACUCCAGUGUACAGCAAACAUUGGGAGUAAGGAAAUGGCCGAGGGGCUGGGCAACGAAAUCCCCAAACUCCUGGUCACAGGUGAAACUAUCGAUUCUGUCAAACAGAGUGCAGCGCUGACUCUGCUCCGAUUGUUGCGGACGUCACCUGAAUACAUUCAGAUAGGAGAGUGGUCAUCAAGGGUCAUUCACUUACUUAAUGACCAGCACCUGGGGGUGGUCACAUCGGCAGCAAGUCUAAUUGAAGCUCUGGUCAAGAAGAACCCCGAGGAAUACAAGGGAUGCGUUUCACUAGCGGUGUCCCGUCUCAGUAGGAUUGUGACAGCUUCGUACACAGACCUCCAGGACUACACCUAUUACUUUGUACCGGCUCCCUGGUUAUCUGUUAAACUCUUAAGAUUGCUACAGAACUAUCCUCCUCCAGAGGACCCAGCUGUAAGAACAAGGUUAACAGAGUGCUUAGAAACUAUAUUAAAUAAAGCACAGGAACCUCCUAAAUCUAAAAAGAUCCAGCAUGGUAAUGCCAAAAAUGCAGUACUUAAUGAAGCAAUUAACCUAAUUAUUCAUAUGGACAGUGAUCCUAACCUUCUAGUCAGGGCCUGUAACCAACUGGGCCAAUUUCUACAACACAGGGAAACUAACCUAAGAUACUUGGCUUUGGAAAGCAUGUGUUUGUUAGCAACAUCUGAAUUUUCACACGAGGCAGUGAAAAAACACCAAGAAACUGUAGUUAAUUCAUUAAAGACUGAGCGAGACGUCAGUGUGAGACAGAGGGCAGUGGAUCUUCUGUACGCCAUGUGUGACAGAACAAAUGCGGAAGAAAUUGUAGGGGAAAUGUUGGAAUAUUUAGAAACUGCUGACUACUCAAUAAGAGAGGAGAUGGUGCUGAAGGUGGCCAUUCUGGCAGAGAAGUACGCGGUGGACUACACUUGGUACGUGGACGUGAUACUGAAUCUGAUCCGUAUCUCCGGGGAUUACGUCAGCGAGGAGGUGUGGUACCGAGUCAUACAGAUUGUGAUAAAUAGGGAUGAUGUACAAGGGUAUGCUGCAAAGACUGUGUUCGAGGCACUGCAGGCCCCAGCUUGUCAUGAGAACAUGGUCAAAGUAGGAGGAUACAUACUAGGGGAGUUUGGAAAUCUUAUUGCAGGGGAUCCUAGAUCUAGUCCACUUGUCCAGUUCCAGCUGUUACAUUCUAAGUACCAUCUGUGUGGCCCCGCCACCCGCGGAUUACUCCUGUCUACAUACAUCAAGUUUGUCAACCUGUUUCCUGAGAUUAAAUCAACAAUUCAAGAUGUUUUAAAAAGUGACAAUAAUCUUCGAAAUUCAGAUGUUGAAUUACAACAGAGAAGUGUGGAGUAUCUACAGUUAAGCACGGUGGCAUCAACUGAUGUUUUGGCAACAGUUUUGGAAGAAAUGCCACCCUUCCCAGAGAGAGAAUCAUCAAUUUUAGCCAAACUGAAAAAGAAGAAACCAACCGUGACAGAACAAACAGAGAACAAGGAACCAAAACAACCAAUGCCACAAGCUCAGAUGAGCAACAGUGUCAACACCCACGCCACCCCCACACCCCCUCCUCUAUCUACAGUGUCCAAUCCCAGCACGGCCUCGGACGACCUACUUGGCCUGAAUUCCCCCGCCCCCACUCAGACGGGGCCCUCAGCGGGGAGUUUCCUGGUGGACGUUUUCGACACAGUGGGGUCAGGGCCAUCUACCAAUGGAGUGGAUGAGAAUGGUCUGACAGUUGGAGCUGAAGAAAGCUUUAAAAAAUUUAUUUGUAAAAAUAAUGGAGUAUUAUUUGAAAACGACCUUCUACAAAUUGGGGUGAAGUCAGAAUACCGUCAGAACCUUGGGAGACUGGGGAUAUUCUACGGCAACAAAACCUCAUUCCAGUUCAGUGGAUUCAGUGUAGACACACAAUGUCCAGGAGAAAGAGGUUUACAGAUCACAUGUACACAAAAGCCGGUAGAUACCACGAUAGACAGCGGAGCCCAGGUCCAACAGGUUAUCAAUAUUGAAUGUAUCACAGAGUUUGCCGAGGCUCCUAUUCUAGCUAUCUCUUUCACGUGUAAUGGUAACUCUCAGAGAUUGAAACUAAAGCUUCCAGUAAUGUGUAGCAAAUUUUCGGAACCAGUUGAAAUGGAUUCUGGCACAUUUUUCUCCAGAUGGAAGGCCCUUUCACAGCCUAAUCAAGAAUGUCAGAAAGUUUUUAAGGCCAAAUUUCCAAUAGACACUGAACAGAACAAGACUAAAAUUUUGGGAUUUGGAGUGAGUGUCUUGGAAGGAAUAGACCCUAACCCAGAAAACUAUGUUGCUGCUGGUAUUAUUCACGCCAGAUCAGCCCAGAUUGGCUGUCUCAUCCGACUAGAACCAAACAAAGCUGCCCAGAUGUAUAGGUUAACAAUACGUGCCAGCAAGCCUCCAGUACCAAAUAUCCUAGCUGAUUUAUUGGAACAUCAAUUCUAAUUCACACACAAGAGAGCAGAACAUGUGAUAGACAGUGGACUGUAAAAAAGGGAGAUAAUCUGUACAGGGGAGAGAACUGAGAUGACUAGGCCGUUGUAAUUAGCUUGUGUCCCGUGUUUGGUACUGUGCUAGAGUAGAGAUAAUAAUAAGGAUCUUCUUUCUAGUGAUGUCUUAAGUUGUGUAAAAGUUUGUAUGAUCAGGAAAAAGUAUCAUGGGUUGUGUGUUUUAACUUUUAAAUUCCUAAAUUAAUACAUUCAAAGCAUUAAAUGUCAGCUUUAGGGAAAAAAAAUUUUUGCAAUUGUAAAUGUCUUAUGUUUGUAAUAUAUGUAUAUUUUUUGAUCUUUACAAAUUCCCCUAGACUCUCAACAUAAGUUUAGUUCAUGUAAUGCAUUACAUAUUGCUUGUUGUUGAUUGUUUUGGGCAUUGGAUCCUAGGAUGUGAUAAAAUAUUGUGGGUCUACCACACUAACUGUUGAUCACUGUCAUAAUAUAGCAUAAACUAUAUAGGGGGAGAGUAGACAUGGAAAAUGCAGCAAAGUAUAAAAGGUGGAUACUAGGUAAAGUGCUUCAAUUUUUAUAGAUAAUAACUAUUGCCAUUAUCACAAUGUCCAAGGUAUUAUACAUUCCAUUUAACAUGCAGAUAUUUACCUAAAUUAUUAAGGAAACCUCUUUUUAGGAGAUAUUUGUGUGAAGAGUAUAUGUUUAAAACACUUACGGUGCAUUCUGCUAUGAUGAGCUAUGUUUAUGAGUUCUCCAUGUAGUUUAGUACAAUUUUUCAAAGGUUUAUGAAUAUUCAGAAGUUUGGAUAUGGAGUAUGAACAUGUUCAUGUACAUGUGUGUGUUGUUGUUGUUUUUAAAGAGUUUGACUCCCUUUUUAUGUAAACAAUAUGGAAAUGACAAAUUCUGAAAGAAAAGCAUAAUGAUUGUUGAAGAAUUAUCUUUAUUAAGAAUGAAUUCAAACCAAGUAGAUGAUAUUUUUCAGAAACAUAAUUCCUUUUUUAUAGUUGAAGAUUUCUAGAUUUUCUGAAGAAUUUAAGCAAAAAUGUACAAUGUAUUUUCUAUGUAUGAUAAUGAAUACUCAAUGUAUGAAUGGUAAAUUUCACAAUCCAUAACCAACAAUCAUUAAAUAAGAAAGUAAUUAGUACCUGAAAAUUGUAGGAUAUUUGUUGUUGGAAUUGUUAAAUGAAGGCUUCUUCAUGGUGCAUUGAUUAUAAUAGUUAAUGGAAGAAGAGGAAACCACUUGUACAUACAUAUAAAUAUCCACAUUAAAAUCCUUUAUAUUUAGAGAACUUAAAGGGUGCAUUUAAUGGCCAAUAGAAGGAAGCAUACAAAUAUCGUAAGUAACUAUAGAACUGGUGCCAGUGAAAUCGAGACCCUUGGAUAAGAUUAUAUAAAUAUUUAAAAUUUUGAUAUAAUUAUUUAAAAUUUUGAUAUAAUUAUAUCCUGAUCAAAAUAUAGAUAAAUUGUUUUUUCAGUACAGAAUAGUAACAGGUUUUUAAAAAGCUGGCUGUUAAUCAGACUGGACAAGAGCAAAUUGCAUGAAUUAUAACCAAAUGUGAUGUUAGGUACCAUUACAUAGAAGAUUGUAUACAAAAAAGUCAUGUGCAAUAAACAGUAGAAUGCUUGUAACUUAAAAGGUAUUAUAUUUCCUGGGAAGAGAAUUAUCUUCUUAAUCAAAGUUGUAAGUGAUAGAUGCUAGAAUUGUAUUAAAAAUGCAGAAAUAAGUUGAUCUAUUGUUUAGGAAGCUCUGCAUUGAGAUGUUUGAAAUCUGAGUAGGUCAGAUGAUUUUCGAGUCAUGUGACAGAUGUGAUUGGAAGUUGACAGCUUUUGAUUUAUUGAUGAAAUAGUUGAUGGGGAAUUAUUUAUCACUAGACCUCCUUGUGUAUAUUGUAUAAUUAUAUAUAUCAUGAUGAUAAUAUCAACAUCAUAAUAAAUAAUUCAUUAAAGUGGUUAAAUUAAAA